AUGAAUAGUUCAAAUAUAUUGAAUAAAAGCAAAGAAUUGAUUGGAAUUUUUUUGAAAUAUUUUAAAAAUGAUGAAUCAAGUGUUAAAUAUUUAAAUGAGUGUAAAAAUUUGGAUAUUUCAGAAUAUUAUAGUGUUUUUUAUAUAUUGUAUUCAGAUAUAAUAAAUAAUGAUAAAGAUUUAGUUAUUUAUAAGGAUCAUUUGCUGUUUUUGUCUUUUUGUUACAUGAAUAAAUUACUUGAAAAAAGUUACAAAAUAUAUUCUAUUGAAGAAAAAAUAAACAUAAGAAAUAAUUUUAUUAACAUUUUAUUUUCCAUUGCAUUAGAUUAUAAUCAUGUAAUAGAUAAUAAUAUUUUAAGCUUAAAAGAAAAAUCAAAUAAUUUAAUAAAAAAAAAGUUUAUGGAGGAUUUUAUGAAUGAAAAUAAUUUUAUUUUGGAAUGUUAUUUUAAUUUGAAAGAUAAAUAUUUGAUUAGUAAUUAUAUGAAUUCAAUAAGAAAUAAAUAUUCUCAAAUAUUAAGUAUAUUAUGUAUGUAUAAUGAAUAUACUUAUUUUAGAUAUCUAUUAAAUUUCAUUACAUUUUUUGUAUGUGAAAAUUUAAAAAGAAUAUUAUCAAUAUGUGAUCAUAAAGAAAAGGAAAACAAUUAUACUUUGAAUGACAAUAAUAAUUUUCAAAAAAUAAAUAAUGAUUAUUUUAAUACUGUUCUUCAAAUAAGUAUCAAUUUUUUUAAAGAAAUUUUUUAUAAAAUAAGUAACGAAAAUUAUUCUAAUGUAUUUAAUAAACAGCAAUUAAAUAAUUUUCGAACGAUUAUAAUAAAUGAUAUAAAUGAAUUGUUUCAAUUUUUUUCUAUUGUAUUUUAUUAUUGUUUCCAUUUUAAUAAAAAAAAUGAAUUUGAAUUAUUAAUAGAGUGUAUAAAAGAACUGUCUUUUUUUUUACCAGCAUAUAUAUUUUUUAAUGAGUCUACUUCACCAGCUAAAUUUUUAUUAAAUUUAUUACUUCUUUAUUUUAGAAAAAAUUCUUGUAAUUGUAUUAAUGAUAAUAAUAAUUACAAUGGUAUCAAUAAUAGCACAUUAUCAUUAAAUAGUUUUUAUAAAUUAUAUGAUAGAUAUUUAUCAAUAGAUGAAUUAAAAUAUACAAUAUACAUAAAUAAUUUUUUGCAAAAUAAAGAUAUAAUAGAAAAUUUGCUAAUAAUAUUUUUAAAUAUAAUAGAAUAUAUAUCAAAGAUUAAUAACAAAACCUUCUUUCAGUUAAAUGAAAACGAAUUAAUGCAAUUUUUAGAUAAUUAUUUCAACAUAGAUUUAAAUUUUUAUGAUAUUAAUAAUUAUGAAUUUCAAAAAAUAUAUAUAAAAAUGAUUUUGAAUUUGUCUUGUAUACCUAUAUCUAAUUACUUACAUAAGAGAGAAAAUAAAUUAAAAUGCUUACAUAUAUUUAUUAUAAAUAUAUUUAAGAACAUAUACCAUCCUAAUAUAAAAAUCUUGAUAAAUAUAUUAACAAUAUGUAAAAAUAUAUUUGAUUAUAACAAAGAUUUAAUUUAUAUCAAAAAUAAGGAUAGUGAAAUAGAAAGUAAAAUAUAUAAUAUAUACAAAACAGAUAAAGAAAGUUUAUUAAAUAUAAAUAAUGAGAAAAUAUUUAACAAUCAAUUCAUUAUAACAUGUGACGAUUUCAAGAAAUUAUUUAUAUUAAUGUUUAUAAGGUUUCUCAAAAUACCAAUAUAUAAAGAAAAUAAUUCUUUAAAUAAAAAAUUGUUGAUAGAAUUUGUUAGUAAUUAUGUAAACCAAUACAAUAAAGAAUGGUUUGAUACGUAUUAUGAGUAUAUGAAAAAAUAUCAAAAUAGUUAUAAUAAUGAUAAUAAUAAUAAUAAUAAAAAUAAUAAUAAACAUGAUUUAAAGCAAAAAAUCAUUAGUUUGUUGAAAGUAUUAGUAGCUUUAAAUCAUGAAGUGUUUCAUUUUAUAAUAGAAGUUUUUUGUGAUUUCUUUAAAUUUUAUGACAAUAUAAAUGUAACUAAUUUAUGUAAUGAAAUGGUAAAAGUACAUGAUUAUUUUAUUUAUGUUUUGGUAAGAGCUUAUUAUCAAUUAUUAAAAAAUUUUAUAGAAAUAUUGAAAGACUCAAAAAGAUUAGUUACUGGAGAUAAUAAAGAAAUAAGUACAAAUGUUAUUUCAUAUCAGAUAAGUAAUUUAGAAAAUGAAAAAAGUGUAAGAGAUAUUUAUAUACAAAAUAAAAUUAACUUAAGAAAUUCGAUUGAAAAUAAAAUUAUUGAAUUAAGUUCAAAAGAAGAAAAUAAUAAUAUGUUUAAUAACUAUUGCUCAUUAAAUAAAAAUGAAAUGAAUAGUGAUAACAUAAAUAAUCAAAACAGAGAAGAAUUAAAGAAAAAAAAAGAACAUAUUGACUUAGAAUUAUUUAUAAUUAAAUGUAUAGAAAAAUAUAAUUGUUCUCCGUAUUAUGAAAUAUGUAAUAAAUGUAUUGUUAAUUUAUUAAACUGCUAUAAAGUUAUUUUACAAAAAGAUUUUGUUGAUUUUUCAAAAAUAUCACUUGAUUUUGCUCUAUUUGAAUCAAAAAGGUUACAAUUUAUUUCAGAAACUGCUUAUAUUUUAAAUUAUAAUAAAGAUUUUGCAUUUUUUAUGAUGGAAAAUUUAGUCAAAAACAUCACACAAAAUAAUUCAGAAAAUUCCAUUGAAUUAAAAAAAAAUUAUCUAGAUAUAUUUACAUCAAUAAUAAUAAAUUUAGAGAAUUUUAUUUCUAAUGAUAUGAUAGAAAAAAUUUUGAACACUUUUUUAGAAUAUAAAAAAUCAACCAAUAUUUUUAAAUGUAAUAAAGAAUUUUGUAUUUUUCUCUUAACAUUGAUAUCAAUAUUAAAGGAGGAUUGUGUAAAUAAAAAAGUCAUUUAUGUUAAACUAGUGUUACAAGACACUUAUGAUUUUUUAACAAAUUUUAAUAAAAAUAUAACUAAUUUUGAUAGACUUUAUGAUCUUUUUUAUGUAAACAGUAAUGAUAAUGAUAAAAAAAUAGAAACAUCACAUUCACUAUUUGACAUAUUUAAAAUAAUUUAUAGUUAUUUUUCCUUAUUUUCAUAUUAUAAUAUACAACAUAAAAUAAAAAGUAGCAAAAAGGAAAGCGAAAAUUAUUGUUAUAAUCAGAAUAAAGAAAACAGUAUUAAUAUGAAAGAGAGAGACAUUUAUCAAUUAAUGAAGAAUAACAUUUCUUUAAUAAAUGAAAAUGAAAUUUUACAAAUCUCUAUAAAUUUAUUUAGUAAUGUAUUCUGUAUUUAUUCUCUUUUCAGCUAUAUGAUAAAUAAUAAUAUUUCUUUUGAAAAAUAUACAAAUUGCUGUUUAGAGGCAAGUUAUUUUCAUUUAAAUCAGAAUGAUAAAGAAGUUUUCAAUUUAUGUAAUUUAAAUAAUAAAAAUAGUAAUAAAAAUUCUAAUAAUGAUUUUAAUAAUAAAAAUUCAAUAAGAAAAUCCAAUUUUACUUUUAAACUAUUACAUGAGAACAUUUGUAAUAUAAUUAAAAGAUUCAUCAAAGAAGGUUAUUUAUUUAUAUAUAACGACAGUAUUCAUAUACUCAAUAAUAUUUUAUCUAGUAGUUUUAGUUAUAUGCCUUUUUACUAUAUUAAUAUUAAUACCUUAUCUGUUUAUUUAUGCUUAAGCGAACAAUUAAAAUAUUUAAUAUACAAUAAAAUAAUAAAUGAAUUAAUAAUUCAAUGGUAUUUUCAAGUAUUUUCUCAAUUUUUUGAAAAAAAUUUUCUUUAUAUUAGAGAAGAAUGUGAACAUAUAAAAAAAAUAAAUUCAGAACUUAGUACUAAAACAAAUAUUAACGAAGAUGAUUAUGUAAUGUAUCAUGAUUAUUUAUAUAACAAUAAAAAAUAUAUAUUAAAUUAUUUAAAAAUUUGUAAAAAUUUUUUUGUUACACCAAAUGAUUUUAAGAAUAAUAAUGAUAAAAUAUUUUAUCAAAAUAUAUAUAACAACAAUAAUAAUAAUAAUAAUAAUCAAAACGUAUUAUUAGAUUCCUUCUUAUCCACAAUGGAAUAUUUAUUGAACUAUUAUGAUUGUGAUAUAAUUAAAAAAUGCUUAAAUUCUCUCGUAGAAAUAUCAGAAACAAUUAUUAAUUUAACUUUUAAUUCUUCACAUUUUCAUUUUUACAUUCAAAUUAUUAAAAUUGUUUUAAAAGUAUUCUUAUUAUAUAACCCUCAAAUUUUAAUAUUGAGUCAAUAUAAAGAAGAUAAAGAGAAUAAUAACAUAUUUAAUGAAUACACUGAAGAGAAGGUAGAGGUUUAUAUUGGGGAAAUGAAUUUAUUUAUGAAAAAUGAUCCACUUGAAUUAAAUUCUUUUUUAAAUAUUUUUACAUCUGCUCUUAUAAGAAUAAGUAAAAAUUAUUUUCUUUUACAAAAAAAUAUUUUUAAUAUUAAUGAAAAUAUGUCAUUUAAAGAACUUUUAAAUAUUGAUAGUGUAAAAAUUUUUUUAAUGCUAUUUCAAAAUAUAGAAAAUUCAAAUUCAUUUAAUAUUGAAGCUAUAGUAACUGAUUUAUUAAAACAAAACAAUUCUGAAUAUUUCAAAAAUGUUUUAAUUCAGUAUAAAUUACAUAAAGAGAACAAAGAUAAUAAUACUUUAUAA